AUGGAGCCCCCCCGAGCCCCUCCUCCCCCCGAGCUGGAAUUUGGGGGGCCCUGGGGCGCGGGGGCUCUGACGCUGCUGCUGCCGCUGGGGCUGGUGGAGGUCGUGAGCGCGAGCCUGGGGGAGGGGGAGGGCUGGGGGACCCCCGCCCCGGCCCUGCCCACCCCCCUCACCCUCGCGCUCGUCCUGGCCUGGGUGGGCGCGCACGGGCUCGGGAGCUGCUGGAGACCCCCGAGGAGCCCCCGUGAGACCCCCGGACCCCUCCGGGACCUCGGCUCGGCCGCGUCCAGCGUCGCCUUCGGGCUCGGGCUCGUCCUCCUCGCGCGGCGGCGACUGCGGGGGGGCGGCACCGGACACCCCGUGUACGAAUUCUUCGUGGGGGGGGAACUGGGGUCCGCACCGGAGCCCCCCGAGAGUCUCCACUGGGAGCGGGUUGGGCUCUGUGCCUGGCUGCUGGUGCUGGCAGCGGCUCUGGGGGAGCAGCAGCGGCUUUGGGGGUCCCCAUCGCUGCCCCUCGUGCUCGUGGCGGCCGCUCAGGGGGUCCCGGUGCUGCGGCGCCUCAGGGAGCUGAGCAGGAAUUCCCCCCGUGGUCCUGGGGGGUUCUUAGGGGUCUUUGGGGCUCUGGCCUGGGGCCCUUUUGGGGGUCCCCUCCCGGUGCUGCUGCUCCUGCGGAGACCCCAGAACAGGCUGGGGGGAGCCGGGGGGGCCGCCUGUGGGGGGCUCUACGUCCUGGGGUUGUGGAUUUUCCACGGUGCCACCACCCAGAGGAGACUCUUCAGCCGUGACCCCCGAGACCCCCGAGUGGCCGGGCUCCCCACAGUCCCCACGGCCACGGGGCAGGUGCUGCUGGCGGGGGGCUGGUGGGGGCUCGUCCGCCGGCCCGACCACCUCGGGGAGCUGCUGAUGGCGUUGGGCUGGACCCUUCCCUGCGGCCUGUCCCCGCCGCUGCUGCUGCUCCUGGCGGGGGCUGCGCUCCGGGAGCUCCGAGCGGUCGCGGGGGAGCGGCAGCAGCUGCGCCGCUUUGGGGAGGCCUGGGGGGGGCUGUGCCAGCGCGUCCCCCACCGCCUGCUGCCCCUUGUCUACUGAGGGCUCCUCCGAGACCCCUAGGAGGGACCCUCUUGGGAUUCCCCACAUCCACUGUGGAGCUCCCAGUUCCCCUGCUCCCAUCUACUGAGGCACCUCCGGGACCCCCACCACCAUUUUCUGACACUGUCGGGACCCCUCAAAUCAACUGAGGGACCCCCUGGGACUCCCCCAGGACCCCCUCCCAACUUCUGCGGGGCCUCCAGGUCACAGAGGGUUCCUCAGCCCCGUUACUGUGGAUCACUUUGUA